AUGCUCAAGUUUUCUUGCCACCUCCUGGUCUUAAGAGUCUUCAUUUCUUGCGUGGGCCUUGUGGGUAAUGUCUUCCUCAUCUUCUGCAUCAUUCAGACCAAAACCUCCUCGAUCAAGACCUUCGAGUUGUUUCUUCUGGGAUUGGCCACGGCCAACCUGGAGGAGAUCGCCGUCGUCAACAUCUACGACUUUGUCAUCCUCCAGAGGUCCUACGUCGUCUGGGACGUGUGGCUCUGCCGUUCGCUGAAGUUCUUGAUGGUGUUGGGGGAAAUCAGCAGCAUCCUCUUCACUGUCCUCAUCGGCGUCUAUCGCUACCAGAAGCUCAGAGACGCCAACAAGAGGCUCCAAAUUCCCAUCUACCUGGAUAACAUCCGUGCUGCCCGGAAGGUGAUCCAGUUUUCCAUUGGUAUCUCCAUCCUCUUGAGUGCCCCCGUUUUUAGCAUGGAAGUGCCAGGACCGACGGGGAAUCUCACAGGGAACCAUACUUGGAACCAGACGGGAUGCCAGCUGGAUUUCUUUCUAUGCAGCAGCGACCGCUGUCCGUCGAUGAACCGCAUUUACAAGUACGCCUUCAUCCUGUUGUGUUACUUGCUGCCUCUGGUCGUCGUCACGCUUACAAGCUGCCUCAUCGUCGCCGUUUUGCUCGGACAGAGGACCGCGGUGAAGCCUGUCGCCAGCGUGAGUGGCUCCACCCAGACUGAAGGAUUUCGUAAGGUUCCGAGGUUCCACCGCAGUACCGUCGCGGUCCUGGCGGCGAUGGUUUUGUUCCAGUUAGACUGGACGCUCUAUCUGGUUUUGCAAAUGGUUUUCAACACCACCGACUUUACAUUUUGGAUAGAACUGGAGUUCUUUCUUUCCACGUCCUACACGUCCAUCAGUCCGUACGCGUUGGGGAUAGGUAAAAGCUUCUUCGCCAUGAAGAACUUUUGGAAAAACUAG